GUAAUUCCCUCUAGGAUUUUCUGCAUCAAAGCCGUAGUAGGUUGUGGAUUGCUGAGGAUGUCUAUCAUGUACUAAAAAAUAAUACAGGAACAGAAAAAGUGGAAGGCAUAUACCUAGACAGGACUAAUUUUAGAGACGUAGAACUUAGUUCUCUGGCCUUCUCAAAGAUGCAUAAUCUCAGGUUACUCAAAAUUUAUAAUCAGAAUCCUCGGUGGUGCAUAAUCGACGGCACAUUCCAAGAUGCGAUUAAUAUGAGAGAGACAUAUUUUGGUUCUCUUAAUUUGCCGUCAUCCAAAAUUUAUGUUCAGAAAACUGGAUGUGUAAUUGAUAAGCAGUGCAAAGUUUGCCUUCCUCAUGGUCUUGAGUAUCUUCCUGAUGCACUUAGAUAUCUCUACUGGGAGGAAUACCCUUUGACAUCUUUGCCAUCAAAAUUUAGUCCGGAAAAUCUUGUUGAACUCACCAUGACUCAUAGCUGGCUUAAGCAACUUUGGGAUGGAGUUCAGAAUCUUGGCAAUUUAAGAAAGAUUGAUCUUCGUUACUCUCAGCACCUGACUGAAAUCCCAAAUCUCUCUCUGGCUUCAAAUUUGGAGAGCAUAAACCUUAAGAGAUGUGCAAGUUUGCUUGAACUUGCUUCACAUUUUGGAUACCUAAACAAGGUUUCGUAUCUGAAUGUAAGAUACUGCUCAAACCUUAAAAUCCUUUCAAAGAUACCGCAAAAUAUAAAAUACUUAGAUUUACGUGGAACUGCAGUUGCAGAAUUGCCUCCAUCAUUUUUGUGUCUCUACAAACUUGCUGAUUUGUAUCCUGGCAAACCAACAACGUGCCACUGCAAUUUUGCAGGAAGCACUUUUAAUCCUAACUCCCUAGAAUCUUUAGAUACGAGCACGAGUUAUAUUAGAGCUUUGCCCACAACAAUUAAGCAAUUACCUAGCCUCAUUGUGUUGGAUCUGGAAGGUUGCAUUAACAUUUCUUGGUUGAAAUCUCUUAAGAGCAGCCUUACCAUCGUUAAAUGCUCAAAAUUAGAAAAGUUAGUAGGAAAAUUGGAGUCUGUUGAAUGCAUGCGAUUUCUCCAUUUAGGACCAGCACCUAAAAAGUUACUCCCGUCAAUUGAUAUGAUAAGACAGCUUCAAAAGUCAAGUGGGGCGAGUUAUAAAGAUUUUGGGCACAACAUAUAUGGGCAGCUUACCCAUCUUACUCCGAAUGUCAAGCUUCCCCUGGAUCAGCAUAUGAUGAGUACUUUGAAAAGUUUACAGAUUCUAGAUUUAAGUUACUGCAAUAUUGAGUUCAUUACUACAAGCAUCAAGCGACUCUAUAAUCUUUACCGCCUUGAUAUACGCUGUUGCAAGAGCCUUAAAUAUUUACCAGAUCAGCUCCCGUCGACUCUACAACAGUUGGAAGCAUCUGGCUGCACGUCUCUGGAGAAAGUGCCAAGUUUAAGCCAUGCAGUCAAGAGAUGUUGGAACCAAAAUAAGGCUCGUGAAAAAAAACUAAGUGAGGACUUUAUAUUUUUAAACUGCCCAAAGUUGGAUCAGAAUUCAAAGAACAACAUAAUAGAGGAUGCACUGCUUAGACUUUUGCGCCAAGCAGCUUUAGCCGACAUCCCAACUGCAAAUCUUUUUGUUCAGAAAUACCAUCCUCACGGAUCAGCCAGAGUUAAUGUUUGUUGUCCUGGAAGUGAAAUUCCAAUGUGGUCCAACUAUCAAACUCUCGGAACUUCAACAACUAUCAAGCUUCCUCCAGAUUGGUCUGAUGCUGAACUUUUGGGCUUUGCUGUAUGCGCUGUUGUUGAAUUCGAAAUGUUCUUUUCUGAUGAAGAAUGCUCUCCUUCAACCUCAACAUCACCAUGUGACAACAGAAUCCUCAAAUCGAGUUACCUGUUUCAAUGGCUUGAACCCACUUAUUUUAACGGUACUGUCACAGAGGUUAGAUAUAGCAUGCACCCUGUACAGAUUGAGGAUCGUUACAUUGAGUUAUGCAAUGUUAAAAGGUAUGGGAUCCGUCCACUGUCUGCCCAAGAUGCAAAAAAUGUGUUUAACCUUAACCAACAUAAUGAUGAUGACGACGAUGAAGAAGAAGACCAAUCGCAUUUUAAGAGACUAAGUCAAUAAAUCAACUUCUUUGAAUUUCUGUAAAGAUUAACUGGUGAGUAGUACUGAUCAAUAUUGAAUUUGGCUAUGCUCUGCACUACUGUUAUAUAUAUAUAUAUAUAUUAUAUGUAUAAUAACUAUAACUAUAUAGAAGCUCUUGUGGAUUCAUCUCUUCAUACUGAAUCUUUAUGUGGUUUUUGUUUGUUCAGGUUUUGUCUUGUUAUUGAUUUUUAUUACAGAUAUAGAUACAGUACUUAGGUGAUCAAUUUGACAAUGGCGACCACAGCAGAAGAUUAAUUUAUCAGCAAAUUAAGGUAAAGUCAAAGUGUUUAAUUUUUAUCUCCGAAGCCUGUUGCAACACAUCUUUACUUGGGGAGAUUAUUGCAAGUAAUUGAGAAUUUGGGAUCACUGGCUGUGCCCAAAAAGUUGUAUGGAACCUGGGAAGAACUGCCUUAAAUACUAUUGUUACUGUUUACAAUUUUCUUUGAUUCCAAGUAGGUGUUUUAUGUGGCGGAAGCUUAUGAGAAAGUGUUAAUCAAAUA